UCAUCAUUAAUCAUUUUACAGGUAUAACGCACAGAUUUGGCGAAAAGCAAUUAGAGUUCUCUGUCUACAGUACAAAAUAUACCAACAAUACAGCCUUCAAGCUCUAAUUCUACCAGAUGAGCUCCAAUUUUAUGCUUCAGAGCGAACAAUUCUGAGCUAGCAGCAAACAAACAAAAAUAAACAACUGAAGAGUUUUCAUCUACAUUUUCAUCAAAUUGUGUACAUUUUUUCUUUUCAAGUUGUAUGUGCACACGUACGUGUGAUUUGGCUGGUUGGUUGGUGAUGUUAAUAAAAGUGAGCAGCAAUUUAAUCAGUCUUUUGCAUUUUUAUGAACAAGUAUUGAUCAGCUUAAUCUCUUUAUCUCUCUCUGCACGCACCUUCUUCCACUAGAUAGAAACACUUCAUAAGCACCGUUACGACACAAGUAGAGAACAGAAUAAGAGAUAGGACCAAAAAAGACUAUCUACGAUGUUGUCAGCUGUACAGGUUGAGACGUUUGCGUUUGACACAGGUCUGCUGCAGUCGUCUGUUGAGGAGUUGCCUGCAGUCGGGUGGGAUGGGGGUGCGACCAACUGUUUAUCUAACAACUCAUCCCCCUCAGCAAUCAACAGACCCUCAUUCUCGUCUUCAUUCCUGUGCUACAAUGAAAAUGCCAAUUGCACGGAUUUCUCACCUGACCAGUUUGAGAUGGUGGAGAAGUCUCUAGGUGAUGGGUGGACUGUGUUCUGCUUCAUCUACCACUGUGUGCUAAAUGACACUGCCCAAAUAGACUGCACUGGAGAGAAGACCUACUUCACGCUAGCGCCAAGUACAACAUGUGACAUAUUCCUGGACAGGGACAUCGCUCUCAUCGCUACUUCGGCCGCAGCUGUAGCUGCAAUCAUAAUCGCACUCUGCACGUUCUUCGCUGGCUUCAAACUCGGAUUCGCCAAUCAUGCGAAACGACUUCGAAAAGAGUUCGCAAAACUCCGGUCAAUGUCAAAACAUUUAGAGCUAGGAGCGCACGUGAAUCAAGCGUACAACGGACUGCCUUCUCAAUUUGAGCCGGAGACUGCUGUCACUACUCUUCGUUCCAGGGUUCACCGGAGAAAAUCGCUUCCAGAAUCGAGUUCCAGAACUGGUUCUGUGCCCCAGAUGAACAACCAAGUCUCUAAGAGCCCUGGCUACUUUUCAAACGAUGUGAGCGCCGGUCGCAACAGCGAGGUCGGUUCCUACUACCAACAGAAUUUUCCGACUCUCUAUGAUUUGGCGGGAGGAUUUUCGACCAUGACGACUUUUCUGGACUCAACAUUUGAUUUCACGACAACUCAGACACUGACAAUCAACGAGAGAAGCAAAGAAAACAUAUACACAGACACCGCAUCUGCACCGACAAUGGACGAUCUGAGAGGCACUGGAUACAUACCAGAAGAUGAAAACUCUGGAAUAUCCGGUGGCCAAGAAACGUAUCCACAGAACGCACCUCAAAACUCGACAUUUUCAAAUAGCCUCCAAGUUAAUACAAUGACGCCGGAGCUGAGCAAAGAGGACAUCUUUUUUAUAUGAUUGAAUUCUACGUUCUGUUUAAAUUAAUGAAAAAAUACGAAUUUAA